AUGGCCGAUGAGCACGAGCUCAGUUUCUUGAUCGACUGGGAGCCGGCGACGAUCUUCGGGCAGUCGCGUCAUGACGGGAGUUGUCACAUUGGGACCAUGCCCUUCAUGGCUUUGGCUCUGCUCAACGAGGAGUACUGGGAGGGCAAGAUGAAGCGUCAAUAUCACCACGACCUCGAAGGUUUCCUACUAUUGAAGCUCGGCUUUUUGAAUGACAUCGAAGACGGACCUGCGUUGCUUAGAAUGAAGGCGACACCUUCACACGAGAUGGGAUGGAUCCUGUUUUGUGAUAUCUUGCCCUCGAUUCAUGAGUCUUGGUCCCCACAGUCCGGAUCGACUGGGGUGGAAGUCUCGGAGGAUGCUUAUGCGAAGGUGUCGAGUAAGGAGACUUACUUGGACUUUUGGAAGCGCGUGAAGACGCUCGCAAACUUACCACGAACGAAGGAACUCAUACCUAAUUUAUGA